GAAAGAGAGAAAGAGAAAAAGAGAGAAAGAGAGAAAGAGAGAAAGAGAGAAAGAGAGAAAGAGAGAAAGAGAGAAAGAGAGAAAGAGAGAAAGAGAGAAAGAGAGAGGAAAAGAGAAGGGAAGAGAAAGAAAGAUUGGAAGGGAAAGGAAAGGAAAGGAAAGGAAAGGAAAGGAAAGGAAAGGAAAGGAAAG